GCUGACGCAGUCCUAUUCGGCUGUCGGAACUUUGGCAAGAAAUAUACAUACAUAUGUUUCUUGUAACACGCACAUAACAGAACAUCAGGAAUAUGUCAGGUCGAGGAAAUUUGCUUAAGUUAUUUAACAAAAAGACUCGCUCUUCGGAAAUUUCUUCCUCUAGUGAAUAUUAUGAAAACGACUGCGGAUUUGACAUUCAUCACUCUACUUCAAGUGGAGAAUUUCAUCGGCUUCCUAAAGAUAACAUUGGAAGUGAUUUAUUAAAGACCAUUAAAAACAUGGACACAUCCGUCGGUCGUGGACGAGCACAGUUCGUGCAGACUUUUAAAAGUAAUGAAACCAACUUGGGAAAAAGAAAAGAUGACACUAGCUCUAUCCAAUCGAAAGAUACUAUUAAUAACGAAUCAACUUCUAGCUUAGAAAAUAGUAAAGUGCACAACGAUGAGUUUUUUCCGAACGUAGUUCAUGGAUCAAAAGGUUCUUCUGUUAUAUUAUCAUGUAACUACAUUGAACUAAAAACUGACGAAAAUAAAGGAGUUUAUCAAUACGAAGUUCGAUUUUUCCCCGCUGUGGAUUCGGUUCAUUUAAGAAUUAAAUAUUUAAAUGAACAUAUGGAUAAGAUCGGUGGAACCAAAACUUUUGAUGGUGCAAGCUUGUAUUUACCCAUUUUGUUAGAAAAUCAAAUGACUGUUUUUGUUUCUAAGUCCAUGGAUACGGAGGUAGAGAUACGGAUUUUAUUUAAAAAAAAGGAGCCUUUCAAGAAUUGCUUGCAUUUGUACAACAUUUUAUUUGAUCGAAUCAUGAAAACAUUAAAUUAUGUUAGAUUCGAUCGAAAGCAGUUCGAUCCUUCACGUCCAAAAAUUAUCCCGCAAGCUAAGUUAGAAGUUUGGCCGGGAUAUGUAACAGCUGUUGAUGAAUUGGAGGGAGGAUUAAUGCUCUGCUGUGACGUAUCUCAUCGAAUUCUUUGUCAGAGAACCGUUUUGGAUAUGUUAAUUGAUAUAUACACAAAAAAUAUAAACAGUUACCAAGAUCUUGUUAAAAAAACAUUAAUUGGAAAUAUUGUUAUAACAAGAUAUAAUAAUCGCACCUAUAAAAUAAGCGAAGUUUGUUUCAAUGAAAGUCCCCAAUCUAUAUUUCACACAAAAACUGGACCUACAAGUUAUGUACAAUAUUAUACAAAAUAUCAUAAUAUAAACAUUAAAGAUAUUAAUCAACCAUUACUUUUGAGCAUAAAAAAGGCUCGAGGAACCCCAGAGGAUACAGAAAAUAUCGAAUUUCGUUUAGUUCCUGAACUCUGUUAUCUCACAGGACUUCGUGAUGAGAUUCGUUCCAAUAAUAAACUUAUGCGUGAAAUCGCUACGUAUACAAGAGUUACUCCAAAUCAAAGGAAACUAGCACUCGAUAAGUUCUACGAUAAUGUUUCCAAUACUCCAGCGGCACGAGAAAUCCUUGACCGUUGGGGACUCACGCUUUUUAGAAAUUUAAACAAUCUGAAAGGUCGCCAGUUGGAUUCGGAACAAAUUUACUUUGGCAAAAAAGUUGUUACAGCGGGACAAAAUGCGGAGUUUUCCAAAGAUGCUGUUAAAAAUGAAAUGUUGGAAGCCAUUCACCUAAACAAUUGGAUAAUAAUACAUUUUAAAACUGAUCUACGAGCCGCUAUAUCAUUACUGGAUAAUAUGAAACAGUGUUGUCGACCGCUCGGAAUGAAUAUUUCUAAACCAAAGAUCAUUUCUUUAGAUCAUGAUCGUAUUAAUGAGUUUAUCGACGCUUUACGUCGGAAUAUCGUAAUGGAAACGCAAAUAAUUGUCUGUAUAUGCCCAAAUAGUAGAGAUGACAGAUAUUCUGCUAUAAAAAAAAUUUGCUGCUUAGAGUUACCUGUACCAUCACAGGUUAUAAAUGCAAAGACUUUAUGUAAUGAAACAAAAAAUCGAUCAGUUGUUCAAAAAAUACUGUUACAAAUGAACUGUAAGAUGGGAGGUUCUUUAUGGACGGUAAAAAUUCCGUUUAAAAGCGUGAUGAUUUGUGGUAUUGACUCGUAUCACGACCCUUCUAAUAGGGGAAAUUCUGUUGCUGCUUUUGUAGCGUCUCUUAAUGCUUCAUAUACACAAUGGUAUAGCAAGGCUGUGAUACAAACAAAGAGUGAGGAAAUUGUUAAUGGAUUAACUUCAUCGUUUGAAGCAGCGCUUAAUAGUUACAAAAAACGAAAUGGCUGUCUACCAGAAAGUGUAAUUAUUUACAGAGAUGGCGUUGGAGAUGGUCAACUAAGUACGUGCUCUAGGUACGAAAUUCCGCAAUUUGCCUCUAUUUGCGAUAAUCGUAUAAAAUUGACAUUUAUCGUAGUUCAAAAACGCGUUAAUACUCGGAUUUUUUCGGGAAGUGCAAAUCAAUUGGACAAUCCAUUGCCUGGAACCUUGGUUGAUGAACACAUAACUAGAGCGCAUAUGUACGAUUUCUUCUUAGUUUCUCAAUUGGUGCGACAAGGUACAGUCAGUCCAACUCACUUCAUCGUAUUACAAGAUGAUGCUAAAUAUGGACCGGAUAUAAUUCAAAAAUUAAGCUAUAAACUUUGUUUCCUAUAUUAUAAUUGGUCCGGAACUAUUCGAAUUCCGGCUUGUUGCAUGUAUGCUCAUAAGUUGGCGUACCUAAUUGGACAAAGUAUUCAGCGUAAUGUUGCAGAUUCCUUAUCGAAGAAACUGUUUUAUUUAUAAACGUUAAAAAAAAUUGUUUAAAUUAUGUCAUGUGGCUGACAUUUCGUACAA